ACGUCCUUACGUCCUGUUUGAACGUGGCGGCGCGGACCCAAACACUCAAGAGAAAAGUUUUUGCGUUUGGUCAUGUAAUCACUUGUCACAAAACAAACAAUUCUGAUAUAACUUUUUCUGACUGGUUUUAACGAGGGUCGUGCGUUUGAACGAGGUGAUCUGUCUAUUUAGGCGCUGUGAUGGCUUGCAAAUUGAGCAGCUUGUUCAGCAUUGAGGAGGACUUCGAUGAUGAGGAUAUUCUCGGGACAGACUGGGGUACCUGCUCUUCAUCAUCCCGCCCGGUUGAAGUGGCAGCUGCUGUGUCAUCCUCAUCGCUACGUGCUUCCUCGGUUACUCACCUAGAGACCGAGAAAAAUUGCCCUCAAGAAAUUGGAGAGAGAUCAGCCGCCCAGCCUAAAGGCAACACAUCAAGGAAUAACUCGCAGACCACUGCUGGACACACUGUAGCUUCGAGCCUCAGGCAGCUGUCCACCUCUUCCCCUCUUUCAUCACUAAAUUAUGCACAGAUUAAAUUACCAGUGCAACAAAGUACUGCUAACAAUACUGAGCUGCAGAAGCCUAGCAUGUCCCAGGAUGACUUUGACGACUGGGAUAUUGACCUUGCUGAUCUCGAACAAGCUGAUCACCAAUUAGGCUGGCCUGUAAAAUCCACUACUCCCGUCGCCACGGUUACGACUCCAUCUUCAGCUAAAGUAUUGCGACCUCUUUGCACUGCAACGUCCCAAACUAGUGGUGGUUUAAGGCAGAUUUCUCAACCCGGUUCUAAUAUAACUAGUAAUCAAACAAUAACAACUGGACUAAGAAAUACUUCAAAUUAUACUUCAAUCAAUAUUAAUCAAAGUGCACAAAAGACUGCAUUACCUAGUGGGAUAAGUAAGCUGUCUCGAUUCGUUUUCACUGGUAAUGAAUCUCCACCAACCUCAUCUAGUGGAGGGCCUUCUAUAGCCAAAUCAAUUCCUCGUCCAGCUAGUACUCCUAUCCAGUCCCCAUGUCUUUCAUCUCUUCGUCCACAAAGUCCUGGUGUUUUUCCUGGCCUCACUGUUGCAUCUCCAUGUUUAAGAAAAGGAACAGAGCAGAUACCAGGACCGCUGUCAAUGCCAGUAUCGUCCAAACACCACCGGGGCUUAUUUGAGUCUGUCUCCUCUGCGCCGCCUUCUCAACCUAUGACCCCAUCAUCCCUCCACACGCCCAUCCUGACAAACCGCCUGGUCCAGUUGGUCUCUGCCUCCAACACAAAGAAAAGACCCCGCUCUGAAUCAAACCGCCCCAAAACUAGACGCUUCCCAGGGCCUGCUGGACUCCUACCGCAACAGCCGCAGGGUCAGAGCCUGGAUGACAUAGUGGUUUCUGUUCCCAAUACACCAGCGCACGGAGCAGUGGCCAGGUCACCAAGCCAGUGUUCCAGCUCACAGACAGAGGAGGAGGACUUCAAUGGACCCGCCUGGACCUCCAUGAAGUCGGAGAUGGGUCUGGAGAGGAACCCGUCCUGCUUCCUCCAUACCUACAGCGUCGUCAUGGUGCUCCGGAAGGCCGCUCUCAAACAGCUGGUGAAAAACAAAGUGCCAAACAUGGCUGUGCUGCUCAAGAGCCUUGUUCCCACUCACACGGACGCCAAAGCUGUUUUCAAAGACCCAACAGGGGAGAUGCAGGGCACAGUGCAUCGUCGGCUGUUGGAGGACAGGGCUGGAGAGCUGAAGGCGGGGGCUGUCCUGCUGCUCAAACAGGUGGGCGUGUUUUCUCCGUCACAUCGAAACCACUACCUCAACGUAACUCCCAACAACCUGCUCAGAAUCUACUCCCCUGAUGGAGCCUGCAUGUCGUCCACACAGCUCCCCCCACUGGCCGUGGAGCCUGUUCUGCUCUCCUCAACCCCCAGUGUCCUCCAGGAGCCUGUGUCCAAGAUGCAGCUGCUUUUUGAUGAGGAUGAUGAUGAGGUACAGGACCAGGAGGGGGCAGCGGAGAGGACCACAGAGCAACAAGAGCCAGUGAACCAAAGAGGAAGCACCAAGCACCUCACGCCACCAGCAGCAGAGCAGGACUCAGGCUGGGGAGCAGAUGACCUUGAUGAACUCCUGGGAGAGUUGCCCGAGGACAUGUACAGCGUUUGAUGACAGACGCACAAAGAAAACUCACCGCACAAACCAACACUGUUAUACCAUAGGCAUCUCUUUUGAAGCCAUGUCUUUUCUUUGACCUUUUGAACAAAGUGUGAACAAUUUUUUAUAGUUGUAAGUAACAAGUUAACAAAGAAAAUCAUUUAUGUUGUUGUAGGACCAUGCAUCGGGGGUGUUCAAAGUGCCAUAAAAAGAGUCAAAGUUCACAUAUGCCUUAAUUAAACUACACAGUCUGAAGUCUUAUGUUAUUGCUGUACAAAUUAGGUGGAGAAAAUGAUUUCUUAUCUCUGUGCACUUGCUCCAGUGACCUUGAAUUUACAUAAUCUACAGUAAAUGUCUAGAAAGGACAUCCACACUGAACCUGUUCAUUUCAAUAAUAAAAUUCAGUUGUUACCAUCAA